AUGGGGCUGAACAAAGUUCCCAAGGUGAGUUCUAGUUUCUGGAUCACUAGACAGCGAGUCGAUCGCACAAAACAUCUGCUGCUCAGCAACUCCUCGUACUCGCAUCGCCAACGAAAGCUCACUAUGGCCGAAUCCACGUCACUCGCAUCAUGGAAACUCCAUAACAGGUUCGUCGACAUCGUCCGCAGCGACGCCAGUCCAAUCUUGGACCUCAUCCCCUCAUACAACACCCUUGAGUUUGACUACAACGCGACCGGAAACACCGUCGCACUGCGCAUGGGCGAAUAUGGCGACAGCGAAAUCCUAGCACACCCCAACGGCUCCGUAACCAAGCGCGUAGUCCGCGACUCCAAGAUCCGCAAAGCAGGUACCGUGUUGGAAGUCAACAGGCCAAUGAGUGGCCAGUUCAAAGCCAUCGCGCCGUUUGGCUGGAGCGAGACUAUGCAGCAAGGGAUUACCACGCCGAUGAGCGCGCCGGCACAUGCGCUUGUGCUAAUGUACAUGCACAUCUGGAGUCUUAAGAUGGAAAAGGGAGUUGUCGAUUUGCCUAUACCGAAGUACCAAAGCUUGUACGAUGCACUAGUCUUGAUUCGAAACGCGCUAGAUACGGACUCGAUAUUGCCGGUUGGGCAGCGCAAGAUUCCCGCGGAGGUGUUAGCCGCCUAUCAGAAUGGUGCUGUCGAUAGGUCUGAGCCACUUGAGAAAGAGGACAUUGAGAAAUAA